AUGAAGCACUUAUACGGCCUCUCGUGUAUCGGCCUGUUGGGCUUGGCUGCCCUGACUACCGGAAAAGAUGUCUCCUACGUGACUGACCUCGAGAUCUUUACCUACUUGGCGCCAUGUGUUUCCAGCGCAAUCUCAUACAAUGUCGGCAUGCAGACAUACUCGACCAUGUGCGGCGACUCAGAAACCGAGUUGCAGAAAUGCAUCUGCUCGACUCGAAUGGACGAAGUUGCCUCAUCGAUCUCGACCGAUAUAGAAUACAGCUGCGGUUCCAGCGCGACGGAGGAUCUGUCAAGUGCGUCUAAGCUGAUGCAGAAGUACUGCAACCAGGAGGAACACAUCACUUUCUUUUCGCCAACCAAGAAUAUCGUCGAGGCAUAUAUAACAGAUCUUCCCGAGUUGGCAUAUCUCCCGCCUUGCGCGCAGUCGGGAUUAUCCUACGCCGUGGUCAAUAUUGGGUCGUCAAGGUGCCCUGAAGCCGCCGAAUUGAAUGCGCCGUGUGUCUGUAACAAGAAAGAUGUCGUUCGGGAUAUUACUUCAACACUGAGGAGUGCCGUGAAAUACUCAUGUUCUAACAACGGAGACGUCACGUCAGCCCAGAACUUCUACAGCGAAUUCUGUCGGAUGAACGACGGCACAACGUCCUUUGCACCCCCGAAAGGGCCUCCUGGAGAUAUGUCAUACUACAUCACAGCCAUGCCGCAUUUCAAAUCUCUCAACAAAUGUGCCCAGUCCGGGAUAGCUUCUGCAGUUAUGGAGCAAAGCUCCUGGCUAUGUGGAGACGGUCCUCAAGAGCUGGCUUCAUGCAUCUGCAUAAAAUCAGGGAUGUCAAAGAUCAUCUCUAGCAGUUUGACUGAGCGAGUCAAGGACUACUGCGAUAGCACUCACAUUGCCAACGUCACAUCCGCCAUCGACGUCUUUCGGUACUAUUGCAGCGCCGCUGAGAGUUUGGUCGUUGCUACAGUCAGCCAAUCAAUCUUCCAGUCUUAUCCGACUGCUAGUUCAGGAGCUGGCCCAAAGACAACAGGUCCAGGAAUGACUGGUUCAGCUGGCGCAACUGCAACUUCCAGUUCGAACACUGCGAAACAGUCUGACCCUGAUCAUGAGGAUAAGGAGGAGGAUGAAUCAAAGACGAGUAUCGCACCGAUUGCUGGGGGAGUUGCUGGCGCUAUCGUGGUCGCCGCUCUCGGCGCGGGACUAUUCCUCUGUAUUCGAAGAAAGCGUCAACGUCAAGCCAAGGGCGAAGAACUCUCCAAUAAUGCCGACGGGCCUCCAGAAUAUACUGGACAUCCAGAGCUCAUGGGUAAUAGUGCUUAUAUCAAGGGCCACACUGCACCACCCAUUGUUUCCGAAUUGUCAUCGACCACUUCUUUCAAACCGGAACUAGGCGGGGGGCAGGGCAUUUCAGAGCUCCCUCCUAACCAUGCACCCACAGCUGAGCUUCAAGCUCACCUUGCAAAGUCUAAUUGGGGGCAUUCACCAGCACAAUCAGAAUAUGUGUCACCAGUGAGUCCUGCGCCAGCAUAUUCUGGCCUUCACGGAAUGGGUUUUCAGUCAGGGCCUGUGGAGGCUUAUGAGCUGGAUUCUAAUAUACGAAGUCGAUAA